AUGGCGAAAUCAAAGUUACGUUCACAGGGGAAGAAAUUAUCGACGGUUACGCUGAUUUUCUGGACUCUUUUCAUGCUUACACUAGUCAUUAUCUUCCUCCUUGCGCUCGGAAUUGUUUAUCUUCCAAAUACAAGCGACGAUUCUUCUUCAACCACAGAUCUCAGUUCCUUCAGACGCAAAAACUCUGAAAGUUUGGCGGAAAGGAAGGAGCAGUGGACUGAGAUUCUUUCUUGGGAGCCGAGAGCUUUCAUCUAUCACAAUUUUCUGUCAAAAGAAGAGUGUGAGUACAUGAUCAAUCUUGCCAAGCCUUUCAUGGAAAAAUCAAGUGUUGUUGAUAGUAAGACUGGAAAGAGUACAGAAAGCAGGGUUCGAACUAGUUCAGGAAUGUUUUUGAAGAGAGGAAAGGACAAAACUAUCCAGAAUAUUGAAAAAAGGAUUGCGGACUUUACCUUUAUACCAGUAGAGAAUGGAGAAGGACUUCAGGUUCUUCACUAUGGAGUUGGGGAGAAAUAUGAGCCUCAUUAUGAUUACUUUCUUGAUGAGUUCAACACUAAGAAUGGAGGCCAACGAGUUGCUACAGUUCUUAUGUAUCUGUCUGACGUUGAAGAAGGUGGUGAGACUGUAUUUCCUGCUGCUAAGGCCAACUUUAGCGCUGUGCCAUGGUGGAAUGAUUUAUCUGAAUGUGCUAGAAAGGGUCUAUCAGUGAAACCAAAAAUGGGUGAUGCUCUGCUGUUUUGGAGCAUGAGGCCAGAUGCCUCACUAGAUGCAUCUAGUUUACAUGGUGGUUGCCCAGUAAUUAGAGGAAAUAAAUGGUCUUCAACUAAGUGGAUGCAUCUUGAGGAGUACAAAGUUUAA